AGUCAGCAUGUAGCUGUUAGUUAUCAAUUGCAUCGCAGUUAUCACGUGCACCGUUCUUAUCACGUGUAUCGUUCUUAUCACAUGCAUCGCAGUUAUCACAUGCCUCGCAGUUACCAUGUGCAUCCCAAUUAUCACGUGCAUUUCAGUCCAAAUUAUUAA